CCGAAAGAAUUUGCUUUGUAGGGUUGCAGAAGGGCGGAUCCUUUGGAGCCAGAAGGCCCAUUGUCUGUUAUCGCAGUAUCUCUGAGACGUUCUGUACAUGUUUACUCCACUUGUGUUUGUUCGGACAAACGUGUUUGAAGGCUUCGCACCUUGCAGGCAGUGUCCUCGGCCGGCUAAGACACCAAAAAUGGGGCACGUGCUUUUUCAUAAGCUGAGAGGGCAGAAGGACAGUGGGUGUGUGCAUGUGUGUGUGUGUGCGUGUGUGUGUGUGUGUGUGUGUGUGUGUGUGCGUGUGUUGCAUAACUGCCAGACGCUCACGAUGCAGCUCAAUUAAAACCACGAGCGAACCUGGCACUGAUCCGCCCGGAUGAUCAGAGGAAGCGCUCAGUGGACCCAGGCAUAAAUACCGCGGUGCAGGUGGAGCGGAGAUGCAGUGAGGGUCCGGCUGAAGCGGCGCCAGGUGCCACAGCGUCCAUCGGGCCCGCGUUGAUGUUUCUGGAGUUGGCCUCCAACGACUCGUCUUCGGGGAGCUGCAGCAGCGCCGUUUUCACAAUUUGGAAGUCGCACGAAAUAUUUGCGGGGUGUGGUGCACAAGUGCCAUUUGGAGGCUCCUGUGGAACUCAUCUGACAACUGUCCUUCUAGAGAGGAGAAGAAACAAAAAUGACGGUGAACAUCCCUGGUCUGGUGUCCGUGGUCGUGUUUUACCUGGUCGUCCUGGGCACGGGAAUCUGGGCCUCCAAGAAGUCCAAGAAAGAGGAGAAGAAAUGCACGGGCAAGGAAAGUGAGAUCGCCAUGGUGGGCGGGCGAAACUUGAACAUCUGGGUCAGCAUCUUCACAACCACCGCCACAUGGAUAGGAGGAGGCUUCAUCCUGGGUAAUGCUGAAGUCACCUACCUACCAAACAAGGGCUUGUUGUGGGUCAUCGCUCCCAUUGGCUUCGCCCUCAACCUCAUUGUAGCCGCGCUGUUUUUCGUCAGACCGGUACAUAAAAGGAAAUAUGUGACCGUUAUGGACCCGUUUCAAGAAAAAUAUGGCGACACGCUGACCAGCGUGCUCUUCAUUCCGUCUUUGCUGGCAGAUGUUUUCUGGGUGGCCUGCAUCCUGGCGGCAUUAGGCGGCACAAUGAGCGUGAUCCUGGACAUACCGUCCCACUUGGCUGUGAUCAUCUCGGCGGCUGUGGCCAUCAUGUACACGCUGCUGGGUGGUCUGUACUCGGUGGCGUACACAGACGUCAUCCAGCUAUUCCUCAUGCUCCUGGGCCUGUGGUUCUGCGUGCCCUUCGCGCUCCUCAGCCCGGCAUCGGCAGACAUCACGUUCACGGCCGUCAACGAGCUCUACCAGCCGCCCUGGAUUGGCAGGCUGGAGCUGCGGGACGUGGGCAAGUGGCUGGACGACCUGCUAAUGCUGACCAUGGGUGGAGUUUGCUACCAAGCACUCUAUCAGAGGAUCCUGGCCACCGCCACUGUGAGACAGGCCCAGAUCACGUGUUAUGCAGGUGCUGCCAUGUGCAUCAUCCUGGGCGUUCCACCCAUCCUCAUAGGCGCUGUGGCCGCUUCCACAGACUGGAACCAGACCAGCUAUGGACUGCCCACACCCUACGAGCAGGACAAAGCGGGCUCCAUCCUGCCCAUCGUCCUGCAGUACCUCUGCCCCCCGUUCGUCUCCAUCGCCGGAAUCGGGGCCAUCGCCGCCGCCGUGAUGUCGUCGAUCGACUCCGCCCUCCUGUCCUCCUCCUCGCUCUUCGCUCGCAACAUCUACAAGAACAUCAUCAGGAGGAAGAAGGCCUCCGAGCGGGAGAUCUUGUGCGUGGUCAAGGUGUCCGUCUUGCUCUUCGGAGCGCUCGGCACCGGUCUGGCCAUGACCACCUCCUCCGUGUUCGUCUUUUGGUACCUGAGCGGCGAUAUGAUGUACGGGGUCGUUUGCCCCCAACUUCUGGCCGUUUUCUUCCUGUCGAGCUACACCAACGGCUACGGCUCAGCGGUGGGCCUCGUGGCCGGGGUGUCGCUGCGCUACCUCAUGGGCGAGCCCACUCUGCGGCUUCCCCCGCUCUUGAUCUUACCGGGCUGCCGGAUCGAGGAUGGCGUCCACGUGCAGUACUUCCCCUUCCGCACGACCACCAUGCUGGCCGCCCUCGCCGUCAUCCUGCUGGUGUCCCGCCUGGCAUCCUUCCUCUUCCUCCACGGCCUGCUCCCCGAGCGAUGGGACAUCUUCGGGGUUCGGCGGCCCGCCAUCACCCUGAGGGACGUGGCUCCGAAAGAGCUUCCGGAGGACAGCGCCCUGAACUCGGCUCUGCCGUUCACGUCUCUGAAUGACGCGAAGCCGGACGCUUUGGAAUGAGGGAGACCGUGCGCUCGGCUCAUGGCGCCCACCUGGUUCACCUCACACACAUUAACACACGUGUAACGACUACGGAUCCUCACUCCAGGCCCAGUGUUUCACGCAAACAAAGGAGUGGUUGAAGGCUUUAUGGAACAAUCUGCAUUGUUCUACCAAACAGCGGCGUGUCCCUCAUGCAUUUCCCUCGUUCGCACAUGCCUGGGAAAGGCUUCCGGAAGCUAUUUCACUCAGUAAUUUCCGUGAACCGGCCCGCACGACACAGAGGGUAGCGCUGGUGCCUCACAACUCCCGGGUUGCCCGUUGGGACGCAGGUUCAAAAGCGGCUCAGUCUGUGUGGAGUUUGCAUGUUCUGCCCGUGUUCGCGGGGGAUUCCUCCAGGUGCUCUGGUUUCCUCCCACAACCCCAAGACAUGUGCUGCAGGUGGACCGAUGACUCGAAGUUGCCCUCGGUGUGUGUGAGUGAACGAGUGCGUGUAUCUUGCAACAAACUGGUGUCCCAACCCGUCCUAACCUUAAUCCUACCUCAAAGCCUGUGCUUCUGGAAUAGGCUCUAGUCCACCAUGACCCUGGAGUGGGCAAGCAGUUAUCAAUAACCGAUGCUGCUAUGAUCCAGAGCCAAUGCAGGUAAAUAGAGGCUAGGAAGGUGGGGUCACCCCAGGACAGGAGCCACUUCUGGUCACUCAAUCACUCACUCACUCACUCACUCACUCACACACAUCUUCACAAGGACAGCUGAGAGACACCAGUUCACCUGAAUGUGGAAGGUGGGAGGGGCCAUUGCGAGCAUGGCCAGAACAUACAUUCGCUAUUAGCGAUUAGCAACACGCUAACCCAGUGCAGUGGAUAACUGCAGAGUGUCUUCCUGUGCUUUCAAUACUUGUGUUCACUUCUGUCCGUGCAACUCCAGCAUUAUAUUUUCUAUAUGUGCACUUCAGUGCAUCUUCAUGUUCUGCUGGUAACCUAGUGGUUUGAGCUGCUACCUGUGGACCUGAAGGUUAUAGGUUCAAGUCCCACCUCCAGCUUUAGUACCCUUAAGUAAGGUACUCGCCCUGAAUUCCUCUGGUAAAAUUACCCGGCUGUAUAAAUGGGUAAGUAAUUAUCGUACCCUAACGUUGCAAUGGAAAAAAGUGUCAGCCGAAUCAAUAAAUGUAAUCGGGAAAGCUGUGCCAUGAACUUUUUAACACCCCUGUUACUUUAAUGAUCACAGAUUUGUAGAAAUGUUAAUUUUUUUGCUGCUGCUGCUGCGAAAAUCCUGCUAAAAUAAAAGUGAAGAAUAAACGGGCCCUGUUAUUCUGCCAAAGCCAAUGUGUCGUAUGAGGUACGGAAACAGCAUAGACACAC